AUGACGGACUCAAACGCCAAUCCCGUAUUUGGGAGAAAACCCUACACUGGGCCACGUUAUACGCAUCUACAUCCGCACCUCGGCUCCCUCACUGGUCGCCUCAUCAAGUCACCUCAUUUUCCCGGCUCUUCAGUUGUGCAGUUCUGUUCCAUCCCAUUUGCGCAAGUGCCUAGACGCUUUGCACCUUGCGUCGUCCAGGACAACAUACCAGACCAUUUUGAUGGCAGGCCUCACAGGGACUUCACACAGUUCGGGGCUGCAUGUCCUCAAGUUGGUGCCACCAAGCCCAGCUGGUUUACCGCUUAUGGUGGACCGCUCGAUGAUGAUCUCGGCGUGAGGUUCGACGAAUAUACAUGUCUCAGCGUCAGCAUCUCCGUGCCCGAAACAUGUCUCUCUGUCAAUUCAGAUAGGAAAGGGCUGGAACGACGGCCCGUCAUGGUCUACAUACAUGGUGGCGGCGCACAAGAGGGCAUUGGCCACGCUGACGGCCUCCACUCCAACGCUGCGCUAGCAGCCUACUCCUCGGAGCUAUCAUUGCACGCCAUCACGGUCAACAUCGGGUACCGCCUCAAUUGGCUCGGCAGCCUCGUUUGUCAAGACAUUCUCGACGAGUAUAAUGCCGACCCAUCAGUUUCACCACAUGGUCCGUUCAACCUGACCAUUCAAGACCAACGUGCAGCUUUCGCGUGGAUUCACAAGUACAUUGGUGGUUUCGGCGGUGAUCCCGGCAACAUCACUGCCUUUGGCGAGUCAGCCGGGAGUAUUUUCCUGAUAUAUCAUAUAUGUGGUUCUCCUGAAAGGCUGUUCGACAGGGUGAUCCUUCAGUCCGGAGUCAUCUUUGGACAGUCCACAUUUGACCAGAAGAAUGCGGAAUACCAGAGCCUACUGAAAUACUUUGGGAUCGAAGGCAGAAGUGCUAGCGAAAGACUGGAAAAGCUUCGUCAGGUGCCUGCGGAACUGCUCGCAAAGUAUCCCGGUCAACACACCCUACCAUUUGUUGACGACGUGCCCGGCAUGAGCGCCAAGGAGCCACUCUUCCCCAGAGGAAGUCCUUCUUUCUCAGAACAAAUCUCACUAAUAUCAUCGUGCCCAUGGCUUGAAGACAUUAUUAUUGGCGAUGAUUUCUGGGAGGGGUACGUCUUCAAGGACUUCAUCCGAGGAGCUUCACCAGUACUCCUUCUCGAUACUGUCAAAUCCAUUUUCCCGGAACAGCUGGCCGACCGCCUGCUUGAUGCGUACGACUUACCUCGUACAGUCGAGCUCGCCGGAAAGGUGGACGAUAACCUCUUCUGGCGGAACCUCAUGCACUUCGUCGGCGACCUGCUAUUUUCGCAGCCCAUUCACAAUAUGGCUAACGAGCUCACUCUCUACAAUGCGACACCUGCGGGCUCUGUCAAGAAGCGGAAGAUCUACCGCUAUUCAUUCGGCUUGACGAACCCGUUUCCUGGCUCGGACCACAGCUUCGUGACGGGCCACCAUUUUGUGGAGAUCUUGUUCCUGUUUCUAACCUUGCUGGACCGGUAUGCGCGCCACCGGGAUAGAUGGCUCGAAAAGCAGGCCAAGGAAACGGCAAAGAGAUGGAUCGUGUUCGCCAAUGGAAAAGAGCCGUGGGACGAGUAUGUUGUCCGUCAGAAGGCGGGAAUUGGCGACGCGAGGAUGGCAGUCUGCGAUGACAUUCGAGGGUGGCAUGUCAAGACAGUCUCGCAGGACAGAGAAGAGAGCAAAAGCGAUCCCUGGGGUCCGAGACGCUACGAUGGAUGGGCAGCAUUGGAAGACGCAUUUUUGUCGCUGAAGGGGCCUGAGAUGGACGUGAAGACAUAUGAACAAAACGUGCACAUGGCACGCAUGCGAUUGUUUGGCAGUGUCGUCGGGCUCCCCUCGAACUGA